CUUCCAGCAGUCAUCUUUGUCUUUAGUAUGCCAGGUGAGGAUUUGAGAGCUGAACCUGAGGCUGAUGGUACUGAGGAACUUGGAUUUUUGCUUGAUGUUGGUUGAGCCGUGACUACAAAGGAGGUGAAGACUUUGCUGCAGUUGAGGACUUGGUAGCCGUUGUUGCUACUUUAUGAGGAAUUUGCUCUUUUGACAGUGUUGUUGAGGGUUUUUCCUUGGGACCUGGUUUCUUCAUCAUGACCUUCUUUUGAGGUUGUUAUGUAGCAGAGGCCUCAACAACAGAAGAAGUGGCAGCAGCAGAUGCACCACCAGAAUCCUUAUUAAACUGUGUUACAACAACUUUUGCCUUUUUUGUGUAGCUUAGACAAAUACUUGUCUUUUUCAUCAGGAUAGUCCUCAAUCGUGGCUACACUGGAGGGAUGUGUUGUUUGUGGGUCUCCCUGUGGUAAUCUUUUGCAAGGAGGUUUGAGGGCAAACUUCUUGGCAUACUUUGGAGUGACAUACCUGUAUUCCUUCCACUCCUUUGCCCAUAUGCGUUCAAUCCUUUGAAGCCUUAUCUUGCGUUUUUCCAUGGUCUCUUUUCCAUGAAUUUCUUCAUCUGGCGUGCAGUACUCAGCAUAUAUUUCCUCUGGAAUUUCAAAAGCAAUGUUAUGUUCUAGUUUCUUGCCACCCUUUUGUUUUUUGUCUUCCUCCAUUUUCUUCAGCUGAGGUUUUUGUUGAGGAAUUUGUAUUCUUGAGGAAUCCGAGGACACACGUAAUGUUUCUUCAAGAAAUGAUGAAAAUGAGUUAAGUUGAUGAGAACCUAGUGAUUCAUUAGCUGACAUAUUGUACGUGUGAACAGAGUAUAGGUGUGAAGAAUUUGGAGAGGUCAUAUGCGUUCUCAGAUUUGAGGAAAUUGAAAAAUUACUUAAGUUGAGGAAUUUGACCAGUGUGUUGAGGAAUUUGACCAAGCAUUCUGAUGUUGGGUUCCAGAGUUGUGCAGAUUCAAAAGUUUACACAAUUGAGGAAUCUCGUGAUGAAUUUUGGGGAUUAGUAAAUGUCAGUGUUCUGGGAAUGGGGGUACCCAGACCUACGUGCCUGCGGCCCAGGGUCGGCCCACUUCAUCAAGCAAACCGACAGGCCCGGCACCACCGAGGACAAGGCCCUCGCGAGGGACCAAGCCUCGCGAGGAGGAACAACAUCAAGACCCGUAGGGGGCCUCCUCAGGAACCCUCCGGAGCGGCGGAUAUUCCGAGGCGAGGCCCGGCCUCAGGAGUCAAGGAUGACGUAGAGGAAGGACAGGCGAGCAGCGGACAACGGGGCAACGCAAUUUCCCCUUUAGUGCAAAGGGGGGAUGGACGUACCGGGGUUUCGAGGGCAUCUCCCAAAGGUUUCCAUUCUGGUGCAAAAAGGCCGUCGCCGCCUGCCAGUAGAGCAGACGUCACCCCUGGGCCUGUCCCUAUAGUGUUGGCAGCUACUUUGCAGGCAAAGACCACCUUUGGGUAGGGGAGCAUGUUCCCCUGUUCCCCUUCAAAAUUGGCCAUUGUAGGAUCCCUUCCUGCCAAAACAAUAAGGGAAGAGGACCUGGGCCGCCACUAUAUAUAGAGGAUAGGCUGCUUCGUAGAAGGGGGAGAUCCUCGAAUUCACCCGCUAGCACCGUGCAAUGCCAUCCAACCUCCGAAGGCACUUGAGAGGAGAGGUAGCUUUAUAGAAUGGGGUCAAAGCCUGAACCAUUCAUUCAUCCACUAGCACCACACAAGGUCACCCAGCUUCAGGAGGCGCCUAAACACUAUACUAGUUCGUCCACCAACCUCCACGACAAGCAAUCCACCAAAGCAGGAGUAGGGUAUUACGCUUUUCAGCGGCCCGAACCUGGGUAAACUGCCAUGUUCUGUGUCUUCCUCACCAUCGAGUGAGUUCCUUGCCAUUCUCAACGAGUAGCGAGCUAGUGAGGCGAGCCAGUGAGAGAUCUUCGUACACGCCCCUGGGUUCGAAUAUUUAGGGUUUCACGGAGCCCGAAAUCCGACAUUUGGUGCGCGAGGUAGGGGGCGUGUCUAGGUCUCUCCCAGGGCCCGGUCAGCUGAAGCUGAUCAGACUCAUGGUAGGGAGACGUCGAAUCCGCGCGGAGAGGUGAGCCGCUUGUAUGGCGCGGACGGCACAAACGGGCCGAGACGCCGCACAUCAUUGUGCUACACCGCCGGCCGGUGUUCACACCAGAUGAGCUUCCAACGAGCACCGGGGGCUGCCGCCUUCACCAACCGCAGGGCAUCCCCCUGUCGCUUCGACCCUUCCACGCGUCUAGGUUGUUCCUUUCCCCCUCCGAACCUGCCAACACUCGAUGCACAGACAUGUCGCACUCCUGGUGGUGCACGAGCUCAGGCGCCCGCAAGCCACCCGCUGCCGCCGCAUCGGCGGGAACAAGCGCGCUCUUGGGUGGAAUGCCGCCGACGAGACCCAAGCGCGCCCCCACAGGAGCCGCGCUCAUCGGCCCGCAUCGCCAGGGGCUACAACCGAGGAACCACACGGACGCGUCCCAAGCAUCCACUCAGGCCCUCUCUUAUGGGGAUUCGGCAGGAGCUGCUUGAGGCACGGGAUUCGGCCACACUGGGGAGGCGUCACCCGGCACCCACCGGCGCUGUUAACAGAACGUGGAGGGAGUACCGGAGGCCCGACGACAUCAACCCCUGGAGGCGCGCUCAGUUCGAUGACGACCGUGCAAGCACACAACCGGGCUACGAAGGAAGCAGCGCAGACCAUUACCGCGGCCCGAGACGCGCACGCGACCCCGCGGGCAGCCCCCAUGCAAACAUGUAUGAUCAGCACUGCGGGGGCGGCACGCAGGGGUGGCUUCGCGAGGACAUCCAACGCGGGUAUCCUCACGGGGCACACCUGCUGGUCGGGAGCUUCUUUGGGCAGACGUCUGGGUCUGGGGUCCGGGGGCCUAUCGCCUGGGGCUGGGUGGAUGCACCCUCGUAUCCAAGUCAAGAGGCCCCAGCCUGGGGACUGAGGGUGGAACACACACCCAUGUUCCCGAGCUGGAUGAUACCAACCUAGAGGCCGAGGGUGGUAUACCCGCCCUGCCUCUGGGGCGCGCUACGCCCGCCUAGGGACUGGGGGUGGAAUACAUGCCCAUGUCGCGAGUGUGAGCUUUGUUCAGUCGCCAGCAGGUGUUCGGGUACCCGUCGUUGCCCUCAGGAUGGGCCAACCCGGCCUGGGAUCAUGGUCCAGGGUACCAAUGAAGGAACAUGGGGUGCCCCAGCGAGGCGCGUUGGGGCAACGCCCCCGGGACUCAUGACCUACCAUCUGGGCGAGCUCUCUGGCCAGCGAGCGGUGGGGGCUCCCCCCACGCUCGGGGGCUCGCUCAGGACGGGCCAUGCUACACCGUUGCGAGCCCGAGGAUCACGCGCGUGUGACGCAUGGGGCUCCCGAAGCGUCCCCGGGACCUGCAUCAACCCGUAACACCUCUGCAUCAUCCUUCAAUCCUUCCGGAACCUACUUCAUCCCGUGACACUCUCACGUAAUAACGAGCUGAGGCUGUAUACGCCCAGGGCCCCCCGAGGAAGCGGAAGGGGUCCACCCCACGCCUAGUGGAAGACAUAUGCUUCGCGCUGGGUACAGAUAGAGGCAAUCAACACAGUCCACCAAUGACUUCCGGAAUCAGGCGCUUAUGCCUCGGGGGUAGGUACACUCGCGAGGCCAAAGCGUCCUCGCGACCUCCCAGAUACACCAUGCUACUGCAACAAAAGACCUUCCAACGCGCCAGAAAUAGGCACGUCGACGGGAGAAUACUUGGCUUGAUCUUUCUGCUACGGCUACACCUUAAGGGACUUCCUAGGCAAGUAUGCAAAUGAUUUCCCCCGUGGCCUUGGAGCCUUGCGUUGGUGUUCCCUCGAAGCGGAAAGGGUGAUGUAGCGUAGCGGUGGUAAGUAUUUCCCUCAGUUUGAGAACCAAGGUAUCAAUCCAGUGGAGGAGUAUCUCAAGAUCCUGCACAAACACAAAAACUUGCUCCCAACGCUAUGAAGGGGUUGUCAAUCCCUUAUAGAUUGUUUGCCAAGUGAGAACUGAAAGCAACAAAGUAACAAAGCAAAGUAAAAGCGGAGAUGUAAACGAUGGAUGUGAAUAGACCCGGGGGCCGUAGUGUUUACUAGUGGCUUCUCUCAUGAAAGCAAGUAGACGGUGGGUGAACAAAUUAGUGUCGAGCAAUUGAUAGAACCGCGCAAAGUCGUGACGAUAUCUAAGCAAUGGUUAUUUCUAUAGGCAUCACGUCCAAAACAAGUAGACCGAUACUGUCUGCAUCUACUACUAUUACUCCACACGUCGACCGCUAUCCAACAUGCAUCUAGUGUAUUAAGUCCAUAAGAACAGAGUAACGCCUUAAGCAAGAUGACAUGAUGUAGAGGGAUAAUCUCAAACCAAUGAUAAAACCCCCAUCUUUUUACCCUUGAUGGCAACUACUUGAUGUGUGCCUUGCUUCCCCUACUGUCACUGGGAAAGGUCACCACAUGACAGAACCCAAAACCAAGCACUUCUCCCAUUGCAAGAAUCAUAGAUCUAGUUGGUCGAACAAGACCCAAGACUCGGAGAGACUUACAAGGAUAUCAAAUCAUGCAUAUAAGAAAUCAGCAAAGACUCAAAUAUAUAUCAUAGAUAAUCUGAUCACAAAUCCACAAUUCAUCGGAUCUCGACAAACACACCGCCAAAGAAGAUUACAUCGGAUAGAUCUCCAUGAAGAUCAUGGAGAACUUUGUAUUGAAGAUCCAAGAGAGAGAAGAAGCCAUCUAGCUACUAACUACGGACCCGUAGGUCUGAAGUGAACUACUCACGAGUCAUUGGAGGGGCGAUGAUGAUGAUGAAGAAGCCCUCCAACUCCAAAGUCCCCUCCGGCACGGUGCCGGGAAGGGUCUCCAGAUGAGAUCUCGCGGAAACGGAAGCUUGAGGCGACGGUUUCGAGGCUCCCCUGAUUUUUUGCGGAAUUUUUGGGAAUUUAUAGGCCAAAGACCUAGGUCAGGGGGCGGCCAGGGAGGCCACAAGCCUGCCCACCGCCGCCUCCCCCUGGUGGCGGAGUGGGGGCUUGUGGGCUCCCUGGAGCCCACCUGGCUUGGCCCAAAGGCCCCCUGAUCUUCUUCCGUUCGGGAAAAAAUCAUUUCGGGGUUUUUUCUUCCGUUUGGACUCCGUUCCAAAAUCAGAUCUGAAAAGAGUCAAAAACAUGGAAAAAACAGGAACUCGCACUUGGCACUUAAUUAAUAAGUU